CCCAUCGCACGCCCCCACACACGCACACACACACCGGCCCCAUUCACUUCACUUGAUCUCACACAUUCACACCUUGGACACACUCUCUCCGGCACUGGAAUAUUAGCACUUAUUACGCAAGACUAACUUCCCCUCCAGAUGCACAGAAACCCAAGUUAAUCUCAUUUGCCGAUACCAAACUAUUAAGUAUAGCGGCUCCUUUUGUAAAUGCAUCAUUGAGUGUAAUCUUUAAUGAAAGCCUGUCUAGCGGAUCUAUACCAGAUGACUGGAAUAUCGCUCGAACCACUCUAAUUUAUCUGCUGUAUGCCAUUUGGCAAAGAGCCUUAAAGUAACCCAACCCAGAGUCGAUUGCAUCAAAUAAAUGAACACUUGUAUUCGGAUACCAAUCAUUCGGAAAAUAUCAAUUUCGAAGGCCUUUUCGACUAUUUAUAGCUAUACGAUCUCAUCAGUUUGCUUCACAGCCUUUGCAGACAGACAUGGUUGAUAAAAUGAUAACCAGUCUGGUAUCAUCUUAAUCUUGACAUGAGCAACUCUCUAGCGUGCCCUUAUAGUUGUAUCGUCUGUAAUUUUCAAAGAAGAAGUGACAGGAAGACACACAGGUAUUCAUUCUCUUCUGGAUUCAGCUGAUGGUAAUGAUCAAAUGGUUUAAAGAAAAAUUGUCUGGUUGGAUAAACACCUGUAUGAGCAUGAUCCAAGAUAUGCGCUUUUAUUUCAAUGAAGGUGAGAUUACUUUCGGAUAAAGGCAAAAAUCUUCAUUGAUAUACGACUAGGGGGAAAACCCGUUGUUUCUUUUCUCACAACCAAAUUGCUUGACAAUCAAGAUCAGUCUACGUCCGUGGAGAAAAAUAAAGUUAUAGAAUGAAUUCAGUUUUAUUCGUACUUUCUAUGUUUUGCGUGAUUUUCCGGUGAACAUGCCAACAUAAUCAGUGCGAUGGACUCUUCGACGCUGAAUGACUCCGAGUACAUGUACUUUGAUUAUGGGGACGCUAGCUUGAAUUCGUCAGCAUCAACGCCAUCUCCUGAAAUUAUCCUUGGGCCUAAUAUUCCACAGGCGGUCGCUUUUGCGUGUUCUACUUUUCUCAUUAUUACAUCGAACACUGUAACACUAAUUGUUCUUCAUCUGAAGCCAUCCUGUUUUGAAGAGAUCCCUCGCCUUAUAUUCCAGGCACUAGCUGUUACCGAUCUUCUCACGGGUUUGUUCUGUAGUUUCUUCAGCUUUCUGUUUUCCUGCGCUCCGCAACUACAGAACACAGUGACCUGUAUAAUACGAACGAUGGCCUGUACGGGAUGUCUAAACCAGUCAGCUCUAACAAUGGCAUUUGCAACCGUUGACCGUUACAUCGCCAUCACUAAACCGCUGCGGUAUACUUCAAUCAUGACCGCAGUGCGCGCACGAUACGUUCUCUCCGUCCUUGCCUUUAUUUCCAUUGGCAACGCCAUUUUCACCAAUGUUGGAGCCGACUUUACGUCCACCAAAAGGACGUGCGUUUCAGACUUUUCAGCAGUUGGAAUCGGCAUAUCUUUUCGGCCAUCGCUCGUCGUCAUCCUCCUUUUAUUCUACGGUAGCCUUUUGAUCUCGACAUUCGCCAACUAUAAUGUCGUGCGUAUAGCUAUUCGUCAUUCAAGGAGACUUAGGGACGAGACUUCACUACGACAAAAUGGGAACAUGCAGGAUGGCACCUCGAGUUCCACUGAUGGUCCGUCCAACAUGAGACAGUAUUUACCACAACCUGUUCGUGCUAAUCGCAUCAAGAUGAGGAGUCUUUGGACCGUUGUCAUGGCUACGAUAUCGUUCUACCUCUUGGUGAUGCCUUGGAACAUCAUGGCAUCACUUCACUUCGCCCACCACGUCCAGAUCCCCCAUUCUCUAAGAAUCGCAGCUGCCUAUCUCCUAAUAAACAAUUCUUGGUGGAACACCGUGAUUUACUUUCUUUUGAACACAACCUUUCGACGCGCCCUUUGCAAAACACUUAUCCGGGUAUUUAGCCGUACCACGUCUGAUGUCAGCUUUGAAUGGACAAUAGUCGCGACGGAUGGAAGCCUAAAUAUGGACAUUUCUCCGUAACUCCAGUCUAAAACCUAUGUCCCGAUCUUUGCCUCUGGUGGUAAGAAAUAAUUAACUUUGUGCUAUCAUUAGAGAACGAAGUUUUAGAACUACUUUGAGAGCAUGUAGUGUCAUAAUUCUUUGCACCCCCGUCAUACAUGUACUUGCAUUGCACUCACUUACAGCUUUGUUCAGUUAUGUUAUCAUACAUGGCCAUGCAUUUAUCAUCCGUGAAAUCAAAUACUGCUUAUACUCCAUAAUCUCCUAUUUACGUUCCUUUGAUGUUUAUGUACAGUUCGUUAUAUCAACGUCAUAAAAGUCUCGCUUCUUAGCUGGUCUCUUUUUAGUUUUUUUUUUUUUUCAAGCAUACGUACAUGUGCAACUAUUCAUGUUUUUUAAGGUUUGGUUCAUUUAUUGUGUUUUUUUAAUUGUAUAUUGCUUGUCAUUACCAAUUUUCAAAUGUAAGCGCUUUUUAUGAUUGAUUUUGUAUAAAUAUUUUUUAUGAUUUUUAUGUUGGAAGAAAUGAAGGUCUAUAGAGAAAUGAAAUAAAUCAAAUAUAAAAAAAAACACUAGUCCUGGUAGAAGCAUGCCCUUGACACUGAACACCUUAAAAGUACAACGAUAUCUUGAACAUUAUAAGACUCAGUGGCACUGUUCUCUCUUUUUUCUCUGUGCUAUAAAGUUUAUUUUUAUCAAGAUAAAUUCAUAGGUUAUGAAUAUCAUCAAGAUCACCAUCUUGGCCUAUGGACGUUUAAAUCAUUUAAUAUUUUACCUUGUUGCAAAGGAAGGGCGAGUUUAAGAACUGUCACUUUCUGUCUUAAAAAGCGACAUAAAUGAGAACAUGGUUAGUUAACUCCUACAUUGAACAAAAAUGAAUAAAUGAAUUAAUAUAGUUGGUAAACAUAUUCCUUUUUGAAAGAUUUACUGAUCUUAAUCUCAGAAUAAAUGACGUCUUUAUCAACCUUUGAUUUAAACUUACAUAGCCUACGUCAGCCGUCCAGAAAUUGAGCUGAAGAUUCACAUGACUAUUAUUUUUUAGUAUACACCAAUGCAGAUUGAUUGCUCACUUUUACUUGAAACAUGCAAAACAUCCAUGCCAUUAUGAAUCGCGUGACAUUUCAUCAAAUUUUAUUUUUCAUUUUUUUUUGCGGAUUGGUGAGAGGAAUUUGAUGUCUAGCCAUGCUUGUUUCAGGCAUUUCACUUUUUUUUCAUUUUGACCAACUUGACACAGCGCGUUUGAGGAUUUCCAAUUCUCUUGUACUCAAGAAUACCUGACCAGCCUAGAUUUUUGUAAGUAGGCCUGUCGGCCUCAUUUACAUAUUUACAUCUAAUUUUCCGGCUUUCAUUUCUAGACAACAUACAUUAAUAAGAAAAACUUUGUUCCCCUAUAACAGUGGCGUAAUUACAGGGGGGGGGGGCAUGGGGGGCACGUGCCCCCCCCCCCAAUCGGAAGGCCAAAAAACGGGGAAAAGGAUAAAAAGAGGGAGAAAGGAAGAGAAAAGUAGUGGGGAAAGAAGAAAUUAUUGUUCAUUAUAAUGUUAUAGUAUAUUAUGUUAUAUUACAUAAAAAUAUUUUUUUCAUAAUUUUGUGAAACAUUAUUUGCUCAGGGCCUAUGUCUUCAUUGUUCCUGGUGCUCGCAUAUACUGUUUAACUAGAUAUAUAAUCCUGUUGUACUAAAACCUCCCGCUUUCAAAUCAAUAUACUGUACACCAAAUAUAUUUCCUCGCAAUUGGA